AUCAUGGUUCUUUCGGAUCUCCAUUUCAUUGUCCCCUCCCAGCUCUUUGCCAUUCACAGGGCUGCCAGGCAGGACUGGUGUGUUUUUAAGCAGUGGUAGAAGCUCUGACUACAGACCCCCUAGACAGGCCACUGCUGACGCUCUGCCCUGACCCCAUGUGACAGUGCAGGGAGAAGGCAGGGAGGUGAACCCGGGCUGGCUCCCAGCCCCCUCAGCAUCCUCUCUGCGGCCUUCAGACUGGCUGUAUUGUGGUCGACCUCGUGCCUCCCCAGUGUUGUGAGUGUGCUGGUGUCCCAGUUCCAGAAACAGCCGAGUCUUUGGCCUCCUGGAGGCGUCCUGUUCUCCCCAGGCCAUACAGUCCCGCCACAAGCUCCUGUCCUGGGCUAUUGCACCCCUGGGCUUUUGCCCCCUCCGUCAGGCUGAUCCUACCUUCUGAGCUUAGCCUUCCAACUCCUUGACACAGGAGGCACCCCUAGCCUUGGGAGGCCCCAUUUCUGCCUCAGUCUUAGUCUUUGGGAGGCAUGGUUCCAUUUACACUGUGGCUUCGGAUGGUUUCAUGCCCCACCCUGAGACCAGCCCUCAACUGUUGUGUGUUCUUAGAGCCUCAUGCCUGCUUGUGCUACUGGGUGCUGCCCGUGGGGAUCCCUGAGUGAAUUUACUCAUUCAUUCGUCAGAUAUUUAUCGAGCACCUACUGUAUACCAGGUGCUGGAGAUACAGUGAUGGCCCAAAGUAGGCACAGGCUGUGCCCCCAGGAAAUCCAUAGCCAGAGGGGAAAUGCCCGUUAGUCAAAUGCUCACACAAAGAAGCGUGUUUGUAAACUGAGAAAGGAAUUGGAUUCUGAAAAGAAGUCAGGCUCCUCCUCUUCGGGGUCAGGAAGGUGUCUGAGAGGAAGUGAUGCUUUGAGCUGAAGUCUGAGGGUGAGCAGGAGUUAAUUAGGCGGAGGGGUGGGUGAGGAGGGAGAGAAGGGUCAGCCAGGCACAAAGAAGCACUGUGCAAAGGCCCUGAGGCAGGACGGAAUCUUUGCUUUUGAAAGCUGAAAGGAAGGAAAGCCUUGUGGCUGAAGGCUGAGGAGGCAUGCAGGGCCUGGUGGGUCUGUGAGGAAUUUUAUUUCAUUUAUUUUUAAUUAAAGACUAAAUUUUACUUUAUUAUAAACUUUUCUGUCUGGUGAGGCAUGUCCCAGAUCUUUUUUCUGCUUUUGUUGUAACUAUAGCUUACAUAAAGGACAGAAAGAUACACACACGUCUUUAAGAGGAUGGUGCUGGGGCCACAUGUGUCUGGCCUUCCUGCUGUGACGUCAGGGAUCAGGAGGAGGAGCUAGGAGGCUUACUUUCCUUUUCCUGAAAGGGGAGGGGAUUGAGGCUGAGUGGCCCGUGAUGGAAAGAAGGGAAGUCCAGGGCAGGAGGCCCCUGGGUGAAGGCAGAGGCUAACAUGGGGUUCGGGGCGACCGUGGCCAUUGGCCUGACCAUCUUUGUGUUCUCCGUUGUCACCAUCAUCAUCUGCUUCACCUGCUCCUGCUGCUGUUUGUACAAGAUGUGCCGCCGACCCCGUCCGGUCGUGACCACCACCACAUCCACCACCGUGGUGCACACCCCUUACUCUCAGCCUCCAAGCAUGCCGCCCAGCUACCCCGGACCAACGUACCAGGGUUACCACCCCAUGCCCCCUCAGCCAGGGAUGCCGGCAGCACCCUACCCGACGCAGUACCCACCACCCUACCCAGCCCAGCCCAUGGGCCCACCUGCCUACCAUGAGACAUUUGCUGGAGGUGCAGCCAUGCCCUACCCUGCCAGCCAACCUCCUUACAACCCGGCCUACAUGGAUUCCCCAAAGGCAGCCCCCUGAGCAUGCCCCUGCCUCUCUGGCUGCCACUGUCAUUAUGCCGUGUAUAUAUGAAUGGUUAUGCUGACACAGUUCUUUUCUACCCCAUGGUGUGUGUGUGUGU